AUGGCAGAGCUUUAUCAUGACAAACACGUUUAUGAUGUAACAAAAUUUGGUGCCAAGCCCAAUGCAGAUAUUAGUAGACAGGCUAUAUUGACUGCUUGGAGAAUGGCAAGUGGAACGAGAACUGCAAGCACAAUUAUAAUUCCUGCGGCCACAUUUUCGUUAAGUCAGACUACCAUCGUUGCACCACAAGAUAGCAGAAACACUGAUGGGACUCCACAUUGCACGUACAAGCAACAUAAAGUCCUUGAUUCAAAAAUAGGAACCGGGGAUGACUGCAUAUCAUUUGGCGAUGGUGCCCAACAUAUUCACAUUGAAAAGGUGAAAUGCGGACCUGGUCAUGGCAUCAGCAUUGGAAGUCUCGGCAAGUACCCAAAUGAACAACCUGUUUCUGGAAUUACAGUUAAGGACUGCACCCUCACUGGGACAAUGUAUGGAGCAAGAAUAAAAACAUGGCGUGGAUCCCCUCCUAGCACCGCCUCUGAUAUUCAUUUUAACGGUAUUACCAUGGACAAUGUUGCAAACCCCAUCAUCAUCGAUCAAGAAUACUGCAACGCAAGAUUUAAAUGCCCAGCUAAGCCUCCAUCAAAAGUUCAGAUCAACAAAGUGAGCUUCAAAAACAUUAAAGGCAGCUCCUCAACCCCGGCUGCUGUCAAGCUUGUUUGUAGCAAUGAUGUGCCAUGCGUGACAUUGAGCUGA